GUGAAUAGUUAAAAAGAGUACUUCAUUUAAGUUAGUGGAUAAGUUAUUCAUAGGCUUUUAACACUCAGCAUACAUCAUAACUAUCGAUCAACGGAUGUUUAAACUAUAUUUCGGCCAACCUAGAUAAUAUAGUUAGACUGGAUAUAGGAGAGCAGGGGUGUGUGAAGUAGUAUAAGCAGCACUAAACAGCAAACCGCAGACGCAUGGCUGCUAAGUUCUUCUCCGAGCGCGCCUCGCUCGAGAUUCUGUGCAGCAUGUUAGAAUGCGUUGCCUCCCCGAACGACGUGCUCGCCUUUGCCUUGACGUGCCGACACAUGGCUGAUGCAUGGCACGUUGGCAACACGGGCGUCUUGACUGUCUGGCGCAUCUGGCAGGAAGAUAUGCCAGCAGUAGAAGAGGCCCUGAUUGCCGUCCGGGUAACAGAGCUUGUUUAUGAUACAGAGUGCCAAGGCGUGCCGCACCCUGAAUCAAUUGACCCUUCUCGGUUCACGAGCAACGCUGCUCGUCCCACGGCGCGUGAGCUCGGUCAUGUCUGGCUCCUCCAUAGCCUUGCCCUUGGCCUCGAAGGUACGCUGCGCAGUCCACAUGGUUUUGAUGACUACCAUCUACCGAGCGGUGUCAACUGGGAUCAGCAGCAGACACCAGGGGCUGAGCAACCAGAAAGGCUUGCUGAGUGGAGGGUUGGCUUUCACCGAGCGGCCUACCGAUGCCUCAUCGCUGGUGCGGUGCUCGCCUACGCCUACAGUGAACCCCUCUACCAGUGCGGCGCGCAGGAGACGGUAAACGACGAGCAGAGCAUCCUGCUCUCAGGAUUUCCCGCGUACAACAUUGAAGCUAGUAUGGAGGAGCAGGACGCCAUAUUUGGCCCCUUCGCUGACUGGCUAUUGGAGAAUAUCCUUGCCAAUACCGCAGAGGUAGCUGCUAUAACUGAUCGCUUUGAUAAGAGACAAGGGCGAGCAUGGUGCUGCAGGGAUUUACAGAGCGACGAUGAAGACGCUGGGUCGGAAGAUGAACUUGAUGACGGGUGCCCAGUCCAGCUUAAGGGCAGGGCUGGCAUCGAUUCCCAUGCUCAGGCACACUACGUUGCCUGGGAAGUCAUGAAGAUGCUCUGGCAGCAAGAACACAUCCUCCUGUCCAUGUAUAACAGCCGAUUUCCGCACCACAAAGGCCAGGGAUCAUCUGAAAAGAGCUGCAUUAUUGCACCAUUUGGCCUCUUUUGCUGCGCUCAUGUGGACAUUAUUACGCCGCCAGCCAGAUACGCGCCACAGCUCGCGCUUGAUGCUCGCGAUCCAAACGAUUCUAAGCGGCCUAUGGAUAUUUUCUCCGUACUGGAUAUCAUAGGACCAAAACAAGACCACCUAAGCCAAGAUGCGGUACCGGCACCGCUCGAGCUACAGUUCUUUCGAUACUUCUUGCAGAAGCACCUCGGACUAUCGUUUUGGGAGGACUUUUUCGAUACGGAGAGUCGCUAUGCCAUUGAAGAUGGCCAAAACUGGACCGAAUUCAUGAAGUGCCUACAGCUCUUCGCGCUCGAUGAUGUGCCAAACCGCUGGCCUUCCAAAGGUCUCUCCACCGCCGCGGGGGCCGACUUUAUAGAUGGCACGGAAUUUUUAGUAAAGGCUAGAUGAUGCAUUGGAUGGGAAUGUAAAUGUGCAACUUUAUACUAUGCACCUUGCCGAACCCGGAGGCUAAGCUACUGAUCCAGGCCAAUACGAUCUCAGAUGUGCCGUUGACUCCCUCUGUGCGCAGUGGCAUAGUUACGCAGCGUGUAAGAGCGGUAUAUGUAAAGCAAAACAAGUCACUUGGCAUAAAACGGUUCAUAAAACAUCAGUUUCAUAAAUUUCAAGACAAUUAGUACC